GAUUACAAGUCAAUAAAUUAUCGUGUUGAGGCGAGUUGGGUAAACUCCCCAGUUCUCAACAGUUCCAUCUUAUCAAGGCGGUAAUUUUAUACCUUAUCAGUCGAUAAUAUAAGUCCAUCAAGAUAUUCUACAAAAAUACAGUGAACUCAUUCCUAAACAUGCGUAUUUUUACACUGAUAAUAUUAAUCCUGACCAUACUGCUAGCGAUAGUUAGUGACGUUUCUGCACUUACUGUUGUUUCAGUUAGAACACCUCACAUAGGGUAGUAUAUUGCAGUUUCCUAUCUUGUAUAUAGACCAUUUCGGGGUAGUGAAUAAUUUAUCCAUGCCCGGAUUCGAACCAGGGACCCUUAGUACCGCAGUCCAGCUUCAACUGAACUGGGCCACAUGGGUCUACUAUGCUUUUAGGCUGUACUGAAUAACAAGCUUCUUUUGUCAAGGUCCGCAAAUUUGCGAAAACAAAUCUUGCGAUGCAUAUUGCCCGUAUGGAAAUAUGAUCGAUGAUAAUAACUGCAGAACGUGCACCUGCAAUAAGCCGUGUGCCAACCCGAAGUGUAGACCGGGCGAGGAAUGCAGGGCGGAUGUGCUGCCUUGCAGUAGUACAGGGGAGCCUUGCGGAUACAUUGAAAAGUGUGGCGCUCCGUGCCCUUUACUUGACUGUGUCCCAUACUGCCCGUAUGGCGAGAAGUUGGAUGAAAAUGGUUGCCUAACGUGUGAAUGUAUCGAUCAUUGUAAAAACCUGCCUUGUGCACCAGGGGAAAUGUGUACUGUUGAAAAUAUCACUGAUUUUAAUGCUGCAGGUGGAGUGAGGUACAAGUGUACUAAUGGCUCCCAAACGGAUUGUGAUAACUGCGCUUCCAAAAAUCCCUGUAAUGGAGUCCACUGCUCCAGAGGGCAUUAUUGCGAGGUUGAAACGAUUUACUGCAUAACUCAACCGUGUCCACCACCAUUCGCGUACUGUAAACCAUAUUGUCCUGAAAACAGUUGGCCUCUACUCGGAAUAUACGAUUACGCGGUACAAUGCACCGCCGGUGCGUGGAAAUGCCCCAAAGGAUAUGAUUGCGUCAACAUCCCUUAUUUAAAUCAAGCUUACUGUUGUAGUACUCAAUAAUUAAGUACUUGGCUUACUUAGAAAGAAAAUGAGUAAAAUGAGCUUAUGUGCGAUGAAUUUCGCCAUUCUGGAAACGUUAUCGUCGAUUCAAUAAAAACUAAUUUGGUGGUA